GUACUAAAUAUAGAUGACCCAUAGAUGUGUGAUUGUAUUUGACUCUGGUAAACAAGCAGCUAAACCUAGAAAGGAGCAGAAAGAAUAUAUAUUGCAGAAGCUCUUUUUACUCAGGAAUAUUAAGCAUGAGGGUGGACAGGAUUGGAAUUGACAUUCCCGUGUAUGACCUCUCAGUGAUAUGCAGUCUUUGGGAGGGCCGGGUGAGAAAACACAAGCAGCGUCAAAAGAAAGAACAGGAAAGGAUCAAGAAAAGUGCUCUGGCCAAGAUAAAUCAGCAAUGGCAGUAUCGCAUAAUGUGCAGAAAAAUGAAGACCAAAGAAGUCACUGCUCUCCAGUGCUAUCUGGAAAGAUCAGCCUUUGCAGAAAUGGGAAUUUUACCCACAGUUCAUACAAGCACUGACAGUGAAGAAAAGAUAUUCAUUUUUGAGCUGAGUGGAGAUAAAUGGAGGAAACUACCAGAAGAUCUUCAGCAUAUGACUUACCUGCGUGAAUGGCACAUCCAUAAAACACAAAUUCAAAAGUUGCCUGAAUACAUUGAACAGUUUGUGGACUUAUGUGUCUUAGACUUAUCUAAAAACAGACUCACACAGCUUCCAGCUGAGAUAGGAAAACUGGCAAAACUAAAAGAACUGAAUGUAAAUUACAAUAUGCUAUCGAGCAUUCCACCUGAGCUUGGAGAGUGUGAAAAUCUGCAAAAGCUGGAAAUGACAGCAAAUUUCAACCUCAGUGACUUGCCUUUUGAGCUGAGCAGCUUAAAAAAACUUCAGCAUCUAGACCUAUCCGAAAAUAAAUUUGCCACUAUACCAGUCAGUGUACUACGAAUGUCAAGCCUUCAGUGGUUGGAUAUCAGUAAGAACAGUCUGCGUGAUUUGCCAGAGGAUAUUGAUAGGCUGGAGGAAUUACAGACAUUAUUCCUGCAUAAAAACAAAUUAAAUUAUUUACCAAUGUCAACAGUAAAUAUUGUCACCCUCAAAAUGGUUGUUGUCAGUGGAGAUGAAUUGACCUGUGUUCCUUCCGGCCUCGUCAACAAUCCAGACAUUAAAUUCAUAAAAUUAUUUGAUAAUCCGAUACACUUGGAUGUUGAUACGGACAAGAAGAAAAACACACUCGAAGAGACUGAGCACGACAAGGAGUUCAUACAGACCUAUAUUGAGACUCUCAAGGACAGAGAAACAGCACCAAUGUAUACCACCAAAGUGUCCUUGACCUGCCUUCUAUAGUCAAACUGAUGAUUCCAGAGCAAACUGGGAAAUCAACAAAAAGGAACAAAAUUAUAUUCAGUGAAGACGUUAAAUACUCUAGAGCUUCAAUAAAAAGACAUAUUUCCCAGAAGCAUGUCAACAAAAAUUCCAGUGUCCGUCAAGCUGGUUUAUAAGCUGAUGUGUGCGCAUGUGUGACUGAUGAUAAAUAAGCUUUAUAUCUCAAGAGUUUGUUUUGAGAAAUACCACAUUUUCUAUGUUUAUUGCACAAACAAUACCAAACUCUUAUUGCUGGGCACUGGUCUAUUGAGUUUGUUUUCUAUAAGUUAGAUACUGUACAAUGAGAAUAGUCAUUGAUUGAUUUAACAUGUAUUGAGAGCAUCGUAUUGAUUGAUUUAACAUGUAUUGAGAGCAUCGUA